AGAGAAAGACGUCCCUCAGUCACUGGUUUUCGAUAGCGCGUGAGAGUAUUAUUCGGCGAUGAACGCCACUGGAUCUGAGACCCUUUCACCUGCGGUUCACGCAGAGUCGGGGGACAGGUACCAGACAGAUGAGUACCAGUUGAAAUGGAUGCAACUUCAACAUAUUGGAGACAAUCCCAUAUAUUGUGAGCUGGAUCAUUGCGCCAGGUGCAGGAGUGUCGCCAUCGAGGUGUGUGGCCAGGCCGCGUGCCGGUGGAGGAACUGCCUGGUGGAUACAAGAGAUGGUGGACUCCGCUGGGGCCUGAUUGCCCGCACGAAUGGAGAGGUCAGUCGUGAGGAGAUCCCCAUGCUAAUAUUUGGAAGAUGUGACGACACAGACGCCAAUGACAGGAAAAGGUCUCAGCUGACCGAGCUUCUCGUUAGUGGCAGGUUUGAGGAAGCUCUGCGCUUCGCAAAGCAGGUGGGCCUUGAGCAUCGCUCUCUCCUUCUCUCAGGCACUGUUGUGCAAGCACAUGAAGGCCCAUUUAACGGAUACAAUGAUUGCCAAUUGGCAAAUUGGUGCAAGGAAGUGCUCCGGAGGGAGAGGGAGAUGGCCUCCAUGAGACGCAGGUUUCAGCGCUGCCUGGUGGAGGAGAGGGGUGGUGCAGCUGGACUCACCUGGAGCCUGAUUGCCCCCACCUGUGAUGAGAAUGGAGGCCCUGAAUGUAAGGACUGGGGGGACCCCAGACUGGGCGAUGGGAUGGCCCAGGCAAUACAGGUCAAUACAGGUCAGGUCUACUCCGAUCGCUGGCAACAUCUGGCCAUGAUCACAGUCCACUCCUCUCGCUUUCGCCAAGAGGGCAUCCCAAGGAUGAUAGACAUUCUGGUAUUGCCUGGACCAUCCCAUCGCCCUGGCCUGUGCGGGGCAGGAUCAUGGCCAGAUGUUGCCGCCGGUUGGAGCAGGCCUGAGCGCACAGUACUGCCUGGACCAUCCCAUCACCAUCAGGCCUACUCCGAUCUGGCCAUGAUUCCGGUCCACUCCUCUCGCUAUCGCCAAGAGGGCACUGCAAGGCUGUUAGACAUUCUGGACUCCAUUGGACAGCCUCACGCUGCCCACUUCUGCCAACUGGUGGCACGGCUGGAGCUGGACCGCCUCCGGCGUAAUUGGGCCAAGGAGUUGGUGCGAUGGUUUAAAAUCCUGGUGCGUAAGGAGAAGAGACGCCACCGGAUUAAAACGCAGCCUCUCUGCCCUCCCCACACAGGCCAGGGCGAUACGCCCCUCUCGCCUCUACCAUCUCAGCCCCUGCGAGCUCAGGCCUGUAACACGGAUGAGAAGAUGACGCCCCAGUCUCCAUGCUCGCAGCCCACUAUCUCGCCCCUAGCGAUACCCCCCUUAUGCGCUCAGGUGGAGAUGAAGCCCCAACCUCCAUGCCCUACCUUGAACAUCAAAGGAAAGGAGAAGCCACCCAAGAAGAAAUUUUGGCACAGAUUUUGCUGUGUCUGGAAAGUGGAGGACUAAACUUGCAACCUCCUGAGCGUUGGCCAUGGGGAAACCUGGAAUUGGACAUCUGCAAUGAGCAAUAUAAUGCAUUUUAUUUUUGUCAUAUAAUAUAUUUCAUUUUUUGACAAAUACGUUUCUGGUGUGUUUUUUAUGGCACUUAAAUGCCCUGAUGGAAUGCCAUGAAGGAAAAAUAAACAUGUCACCCAGCUGA